UCCAGAAUACGUAGAUGAUAAAUUUUGUCAAAUUUCUACAACAAUUGUCAGCUGUCUCUCGUUCGAAUUAUAUUCACCUCUUUCAACAACCCAGGCCUCUUUUUCAUUAUAGAGAUAUAUCUGGGUCUUUUUCCUUUUCAAAGUUGGGUUAAUUUAGUUUGUGCAAAGUGGUGGAUCGGAUCGGUUAUUCAACUUGGGUGUAGGUACGUUCUACGUGCGGUGGAUUGGGUUUGUAUAGAUCGAAGAGGAAUAAACACGCUAUAUCAUUAUCAUGGCACCUCCUCGAAGAUACGCGUUUGGAAGGCCCGAAGAGGCUACUCACCCUGACUCCAUGAGGGCUACUUUGGCUGAAUUCAUCUCCACUUGUAUCUUCGUCUUCGCUGGUGAAGGCUCCCAGCUUGCGCUGCGGAAGUUAUACGGUGAGGAAGCAACAUCGGGAGCAUCGUCUUUGAUGGUGAUAGCUAUUGCACAUGCGUUUGCUUUGUUCGCUGCAGUGGCGGCAAGUCUAAAUGUAUCGGGUGGUCAUGUUAAUCCAGCUGUUACUUUUGGCGCCCUUGUUGGCGGUAGAGUCUCCUUUCUCCGUGCUAUCUUAUAUUGGGUAGCACAACUCUUGGGCGCAAUUGUUGCAUCCCUACUUUUGAGGCUCGCUACUGAUGGAAUGAGACCAAUGGGGCUAGGAGUGGCAUAUGGAGAGGGUAAUCUUCAAGCUUUAAUUCUGGAAAUAGUGUUAACAUUUGGUCUAGUUUACACAGUUUAUGCUACCGCUAUUGACCCAAAAAGAGGUAGUUUAGGGACUAUUGCACCUUUGGCGAUCGCUUUGAUUGUAGGAGCAAAUAUACUAGUGGGUGGACCAUUUGAUGGAGCAUCCAUGAACCCAGCUAGAGCUUUUGGACCAGCCUUAAUUGGAUGGAGAUGGAGGAAUCACUGGAUAUAUUGGGUUGGUCCAUUGAUUGGGGGUGGUCUGGCUGGCCUCAUCUACGAGUUUAUUGUCAUACCUAAUGAGCCUCCUCAUGCUCAUCAACCUUUGGCACCAGAAGAUUACUAGUUCCUAUCAUCGAAUGUAAACACUGCAUAGUUCCUUUAUGUUUCCUAGGACACUUUAAUUUUUAAGUUAUUUCUCGUUUACCUUCUUCUUUUCUUCUUGUACGUGUGCAUUCUCUUUGCUUUGGACUUGUACUUAUGAGGCUUAAACUGUGCUAUGUACGUUCGUCUCAAUAAAUGGUUUCAUUGCUUCUAUUUUCAA